UGAGGUUCUCGGGUUCACCGUGUUGCUUAAUUAGGACAUCCCGGAAGAGUGCGACCGGAGCUCCUUGCUGCUGCUGCUGCUGCGCGCAGCCGAGAGGGGAGGACGCACCGGACCGCAUGGUGAAGGCGCACAGCCCAGAACAAACCGGACGGGAAUACUAACAAACCCAACUCAAGACGACGGCAGAAACUUACUGAGGAGCAAAGGAGGGAGGAUAGUCACAAUGGAGGAUUUAAUGCAGCGGUUGGAGCGGGCUGUGACUCGCAUGGAGGAAAUAUCCGUCACAAUGCAGGCGUCCAGCAACAUGCUCAAUGGGAACUGUGUCAAUGGUGUAGAUGGAGGUCCGAGUGUGGAGGUCUUUGACGUUCUGCUGAAAGGUCCACUGUCAGAUUAUCUGAAGUGCAGCAGAGCUAUAGGAAGUGAAGUGGAGAAACAUGCCGAGAUGGUGAAUGAGGCGCUGCAGACUCAGAGAACGUUUCUUCAGAUGGCUUCCACGCACCAGGCACCGGCACAGAUGGAGCUCCAAGACCUCCUGAAGCCAAUUUCCGAUCACAUCCAGGAGAUCCAGAACUUCAGGGAGCGAAACCGAGGCAGCUCGCUCUUCAACCACCUGUCGGCCGUCAGCGAGAGCAUUCCCGCACUGGGCUGGGUGGCAGUGAGUCAGAAACCAGGUCCGUACGUGAAGGAGAUGAACGAUGCAGCAACCUUCUACACCAACAGAGUGCUGAAGGACUACAAGGAAACCGACAGACGUCAUGUGGACUGGGUACACGCCUACCUGUCGAUCUGGACCGAGAUGCAGUCCUUCAUCAAGCAGCACCACACCACAGGGCUGGUGUGGAGCAAGACUGGUCCCAUUGCUCCUCUCUUAGACUCGUCUCCGCCACCCAGUGCUCCCUGUCCGCCGCCUCCCCCUCCUCCGCCUCCUCCUGGCCCUCCUCCGGACUUCACUGAUGAUGACUCCAAGCUUCAAGAAGGCAGUGCAACACCUCAACACUCAGCUUUGUUUGCCCAGCUCAACCAGGGCAUGGACAUCACUAAAGGUCUGAAGCAUGUCUCAGAUGAGCAGAAGACUCAUAAGAACCCCAACCUUCGUUCUCAAGCAUCACCGCUUAAAACCAAAGAUCCGCAGCAUGCGAACACUCCCAAAGCAGCGGCCCAGAAAAGACUCCCUCUGCUGGAGCUGGAGGGAAAAAAGUGGAGGGUGGAAAACUUUGAGCAGAAACACGACUUAGUGAUUGAGGAGACCGAGUUGAAACAGGUGGUGUACGUCUUUGGCUGCAACAACUCCACCCUGCAGGUCAAAGGCAAAAUUAACUCCAUCAUCGUAGAUAACUGUAAAAAGCUCGGCCUGGUUUUUGAGAAUGCUGUUGGGAUCGUAGAGAUCAUCAACUCUAGAAGCAUCCAGCUGCAGGUGUUGGGAGUUGUUCCUACUAUUUCCAUCAACAAGACCGAGGGCUGCCAGGUCUACCUGAGCAAAGCCGCUCUGAAGUGCGACAUCGUCAGCGCCAAGAGCUCUGAGAUGAACAUCCUGAUCCCAGCAGGAGACGAUGACUAUAGGGAGUUUCCCGUCCCGGAGCAGUUCAAGACCGUUUGGGACGGCUCCAAGCUGGUGACAGAACCUACUGAGAUUGCAGGAUGAGAUGCAUGUCAGGAAUCCCUUUUAAAUACGUUCACACCCCCUUGAAUGUUUUCACCUUUUGAUAGAUAGUCAGUUGAACCUCUACAACUGUAUUUGUGACUUUACAAUUAGUUUUCUUUGGGGGGACACUUUUCAGCUGUUAAAUCUCCCCACCCCCACAGCUAGAUCAGAUUACACUGAAUCACACCUAGAGCCCAUCUGUUACAUGUCUGUGCCAUAGCAAUAAAGGCAUUUAUAUGAGACCAUGUAGCUACUGAAAAUUAAAUCUUUAAAUAUAAAACUAACAUUUUAUAUUUUAUCUGACCUGUAUUGUUUAUUCCUAUUUUAGUUCUGAGGUUUUUGCAUUUAUAGCUGCUGGAAUCAGUAAAAGAAUUGAGCUCAGAUGAAUGUAAUACACUUAGAUGUGCUGCUUUGAAUUACAAAUAUGCAAUUUGUCUGUAGUAUAAUUUAGCACUUGUUAUGUUUUAUACAUCACUUUAAUUUGUAAUAAAAUCAAGCACAGAGCACUGACAUAAGACAGAUAGAAAUAUACAUGAAACUAAUGUUUAAUAUACAAGAAAUUUAUGUAAUGCUUGUCAUUUUUCAAAUAAAGGAAAUAUCUCUCA